AUGAUCUCACCUCUCGCCACGGCCGGGCGCUUGUGCUCGACGCGCCGAUCAGCGCCUCUACUGCUUCGCCAUCCCUUCCUGCGCGCAAGUCCUUCGGUACACUAUGGACUCAAUCAGAAGCGCACCAGCAGCUCCUCGCCUCCAGUCAAGGAGAGCUCGCUUGCACCUAAACCGUCCUGGGUCGAAUACACACCUGCAAAGCUACGACCCUACCUGUACCUCACAAGGAUUGACAAGCCGAUAGGGACUCUACUGCUCUUCUACCCUUGUGCUUGGUCGAUCACUAUGGCCAGCUAUGCGCACCAACUCCCCCUCGGCGUGCCAGUCAAGUACACAUUGCUGUUUGGGUUGGGGGCGCUCGUUAUGCGCGGAGCGGGAUGCACUAUCAACGAUCUGUGGGACCGCAACCUCGACAAGGCCGUAGCCAGGACGAAGGCGAGACCUAUCGCUGCUGGCGAUAUCACACCACCACAGGCCAUCGCUUUCCUGGGACUGCAACUGAGCGCAGGUCUGGCGGUUCUGACGCAACUCAACUGGUAUAGUAUACUCUUGGGCGCAUCCUCGUUGUCGCUUGUGACCAUAUAUCCGCUUAUGAAGCGCAUUACUCACUGGCCUCAGGCCGUCCUGGGGCUCGCAUUCAACUGGGGUGCUCUUCUGGGAUGGUCAGCCGUAUCCGGUGUGACAGACUGGACAGUAUGCCUGCCACUAUAUGCCGGUGGCCUAUGCUGGACGCUCGUCUACGAUACCGUAUACGCUCAUCAGGACAAAAACGACGACGUGCAUGCCGGCAUCCGGUCUACCGCCCUUCUGUUUGGGGACCACUCACGCACCGUCCUUAGCGCUCUAUCGACGGCGUCCAUGUCCCUUGUCGCCUACUCCGGAUUCCUCAAUGCUGCAGGUGCUCCAUUCUACCUCGGAGUCGGGGUCGGGGCGGCGCAACUCGCUCGUGUUCUCUACAGAACAGACUUCAACAGCAGAAAAAGCUGCUGGGACGGCUUCGUAGGAUGCGGGUGGACCGGCUUCUGGAUAUGGAUGGGCGCAUUUGGUGACUAUAUUUAUGUCGUAUAUAUCAAGGACGACGAGGAGAAGGAGACCGCAUCGGCUAUCUGAGUAGAACUGGGUAGAGUCGAACAAGAGUCGAAUACAUUAGCCGGUAUGCGCAAUCCCUCAUUGAAAUCCAUGGCCGCCAUAAAGCUGAAG